AUGGGAUUUUUCACCUUGAUAGGUCAGAUGGAAAUACCGUCUUGGCCUAUUCUCUUCCUGGAUGCAUCUGGUCUCUAUACAUUACACCUAGCAGUUACUGCUAUAUACAAUAUCUGGUUCCAUCCUCUCGCGAAAUUUCCUGGUCCCAAAAUCGCUGCCAUCGGCCCUUGGUACGAGUUUUACUACGAUGUGAUCAAGGACGGACGAUACCUUUGGGAAAUUGAAAAGAUGCACGACAGAUAUGGACCCAUUGUCCGCGUCAACGCGCACGAGCUCCACAUCAAAGAUGUAACAUACUACUCAGAGGUAUACAGUGGCAGUACCCGCAAGGUCAAUAAGGAUGCCAGCUCAACUGACGGAUUUGGUAUACCAACCUCCGCCGCAACUACCAUCGACCAUGACCAUCACCGAGCACGCCGUAGUUAUAUAAACAAGUACUUCGCCAAGCGUAACAUGACAGCGCUUGAGCCCAUUGUGCAGGAACGUCUCGAUAGAUUGUGCUCACGUAUUGACGAAAAGCUCAGAUCCGGCGAGACGCUCAAUCUAGACGGCUGCUUCUCUGCAUUGACAGCCGAUGUCAUCACCGUUCUCUUCUACGGUAACAACUUUGAUUACUUGGGCUCUCCAGAUUUCCGAUUUGUCAUCCGUGAUGCCUUCCUGGGUGUGUCUAAGAUGUACAACCUUGCCCGCUUCAUCCCUCUUGCCGUUAAGGCCCUCAAAUCAAUGCCCCUGUCAGUAAUCCGCUUGAUCGCGCCAACGGUAGCUGAGCUUGAGCGGGUGCGUGAGAGUAUUGCGGAGAACGGAUACAGGAAAUUCCAUGCCGGUAAAUGGGAUGCCGAGGAAAAGAAAUCGGUUAUUGUCUCAGCCCUGAAUGAUGAGAGUAUACCGCCUGCCGAACGCACUGUUGACCGUUUGGUUGACGAGGGGACUGUCAUCCUCUUUGCCGGUACCGAUACUUCGGCUCGCUCGCUCGCGAUUACGAUGUACUAUCUGCUCAGCAGUCCAGACUGUUUAGCCCGAAUGCGCCAUGAACUGGAGACUUCUCUGCCCUUGAACAAGGACCAUGUCUAUUCCCUCGCACAGCUUGAGAAAUUGCCGUACUUGACUGCAGUCCUUCAAGAAGGCUUCCGUCUUUCCUUUGGGCCUGUCAGCCGUAUGCCCCGAAUCGCGACUCAGGACUCACUCGAGUAUAAGGAAUGGAGUAUCCCACCAGGAACUGCAGUCAGCAUGUCCACCAUGUUCAUGCACCUUGACGAAAACAUCUACCCCAAUCCCACCAAAUUCGAUCCCGAGCGAUGGAUUCGCGCAACCGAGCAGGGAGUCAAUCUGAAUAAAUACCUCACAACCUUCUCAAAAGGAAGCAGAAACUGCCUUGGUAUGAACAUGGCCUAUGCUGAGUUCUACAUGACCCUAGCCCGGAUUGUACUAACGUACGACAUGGAGCUAUACAACACCACGGACAAGGAUAUUGAGAUUCAUCAUGCCUGUAUGGUAGGUUAUCCGAAAAAGUCCAAAGAUCCUGACUUUGGUCAGGUUAUUGUCAAGGUUAUUGGAAGGAGGGCCCUGCCAGAUACGAUCUAA